UUUGCGUUGGAUUUUAAAGUUAUUCCCUUGUAAUUUCACAAUUCCAAAAAGUUAACCCACUAAUUGAGUGCAAAAUGGAGAAAUUCGUGCGGGACACGUUGUCCAAGUGUCUGGACUGCGUGGUCACGGAUCAGAUGAUGUCCGCCAUCCUGAGCAUCAAGGAUGACUACGAAUUUGAUAGUUACUUUGGGAAUCUGCUGAGCGAGGACAACGAGGAGCAUCGCCUGUUCCUGCUGAACUGCCGCCGGAUGCUGCUGAGUGGCAAGCAGCCGCGGAACAACGCGAAGAGUCGCACGCCCACCAAGCAACUGGCGGCCACUGGUCAGAUCCAUCAGAAUCCCGGCCAGGGAGCCAAGGGAAAGGCCGGAAAGUAUGUGAAUCUGUAUGCCAGCGAUGGCCGCGUCCAGGGCGACACCAUCUUGCUGAAGGGCCGGCGGCACUGCGACUGCCAGGCGGCCCAGCACAAGCUGAUCAACAACUGCCUCGGCUGCGGGCGCAUCGUCUGCGAACAGGAGGGCAGUGGUCCCUGCCUCUGCUGCGGCGAUCCCGUCCACACGGCCGAGGAGGAGCAGCAGCUGGCCAAGGCGGCCAGGGAGAAGGGAGGCGGUAGCUCAAAGGCGGCCACUAAACAGGGCAAAAAGGCCAGCAAGGAGUCCGCCAAGGAGGCGCUGGACAAGGCGUUGGCCCAAAGGGAUCGCCUGCUGGAGUACGACAAGAACAGCGAGAAGCGGACCACGGUGAUCGAUGAUGAACUGGACUACUUCCAGGAGAACUCCGUUUGGCUGAGCGACGCGGAGCGCGAGAAGUUCGAGAAGCUGAAGAGCGAGAUGCAGGACAUGAAGCACGGCAGUCGGUUGAAGCGCAAGAUUCGCGUGGACUUUGCUGGCCGCGAGCUGCCCGAGGAGCCGACCAUUUCCAAGGAGUACGAGCAGCAGGUGAUCAGCGAACUGGCGGCGGUCACCAAAGCCUCGGGCGGCGCCUCCAACUGGAGUGCCAACUCAAUCACCGGCCACUCGGCGCUCUCGCUGGCGCCCAAUUUGGACAUGGCCAAGCCGCCGGUCUACAGGCAGAGCAAGGAGUCCAAGAGUUGGCCCGCCCCGGCGGCGGCCAGCGAUGGUCUGGAGCGGAUCUACAAUCGGGUGCAGGACAAGGAGCUGCUGGAGAUGCAGGACAUGCGCCAGUGCCUGUCGAUGCACCAGCCAUGGGCUUCGCUUCUAGUGGCGGGCAUUAAAAAGCACGAGGGACGAGUGUGGUACAGUGAACACCGUGGCCGACUUUGGAUAGCCUCCACCUCCAAGGAACCGCACAGCGAGGACAUUGCCCAAAUGGAGGGCUUCUACAAGGUGCUUUACGGCGAUCCCGAUAUCAAGUUCCCCAGCCAUUAUCCCACCAGCAGUCUGCUGGGCUGCGUUCACGUGGACAGUUGCCUGCCGCAGGAGGAGUACCGCGAGGCCUUUCCCAACGGCGAGUCGGAGAGUCCUUAUGUGUUUGUCUGCACCAAGCCGGAGCAGUUGAAUAUUCUACUGCCCGUUCAAGGCGAUCACAAGAUAUAUGAACUCCCUCUGAAAACCCACACAGCCGCCUGCAAAACGUUGCUCAGAGCCAAAGCUAACAAGGGUUAAUGUUAAGGAUCA